AUGAGUGCCGCGGACGGCGACGCCUUCAACCUCAAGCGGGACUAUGUCUACAUCCCAGCUUUCAUGCUCGUCGCGGGCACCCUUGUCGUCAAGAGGGAGUGGACGAUCUACGCGAUGCUGGUUGCCAUCGCCUUUGGUGCCUGGAAUAUAUGGACUCUCCAGAUUCGGCCUGUCCUGAAGCCCAACGUUUUCCAGGAGUUCGAGCUCCAAGAAAAAACCAUCAUAUCCCACAACGUCGCCAUCUACCGUUUCAAGCUCCCUCGUGCCGCCGACAUCCUCGGCCUGCCCAUCGGGCAGCACAUCUCCAUUGGCGCCCAGCUGCCCCAGCCUGAUGGCACUACCAAGGAGAUUGUCCGCUCGUACACGCCAAUCUCCGGCGAUCACCAGCCCGGCUUCUUUGACCUGCUCAUCAAGUCCUACCCCCAGGGCAACAUCUCGAAGCACAUGGCCUCCCUCAUGGUCGGCCAGCCCAUCCGCGUCCGCGGCCCCAAGGGCGCCUUUGUCUACGAGCAGAACAUGUGCAAGCACUUUGGCAUGAUCGCCGGCGGCACUGGCAUCACCCCCAUGCUCCAGAUCAUCCGCGCCAUUGUCCGCGGCCGCCCCGAGGGCGAUACCACCCAGGUCGACCUGAUCUUCGCCAACGUCACCGAGCAGGACAUUCUGCUCCAGGAGGACCUGGACGCGCUCGUCAAGGAGGACUCGGGCAUCCGUGUGCACUACGUCUUGGACAAGCCCCCCGAGGGCUGGACUGGAGGUGUUGGCUAUGUCACGGCUGAGAUGAUCCAGAAAUGGCUCCCCAAGCCCGCCGACAAGGUCAAGAUCCUCCUCUGUGGCCCGCCCCCCAUGGUCAGUGGCCUCAAGAAGACCACCGAGAGCCUCGGCUACAAGAAGGCCCGCCCCGUCAGCAAGCUCGAGGACCAGGUCUUUGCCUUCUAG